AGAUGCCGCGGGAAAGAGUACACUUUUGCAACUGAACACUGUAAUGUAUUUGGGAUGCUGAUCAUUAUUGCAUAUUAAUAUUGUAAAGUCUCUGUAGUUUUAUUUCUAACGAGCUAGUAAGUGAUUUUAACAAUACUUAUUUUGUAAACUUGGUAAACGCUGAAAGCAAACAAUGUUAACCUCCAAGCUUUUGACCCUGGUCUUGGUGGUGCAGCCUGGUCGGAUACUUUUGGGUAUGAAGAAAAGGGGAUUUGGCGUGGGGAAGUGGAACGGUUUUGGCGGAAAGGUCCAGCCUGGGGAGACCAUUGAAGAAGCAGCCAGGCGUGAGCUGCUGGAGGAAAGCGGUCUUACGGUCGACUCGCUGGACAAGAUCGGGAACAUCAAGUUCGAGUUCGUGGGAGAGACGGAGCUGAUGGACGUUCACGUGUUCCGGGCCGAUUCGUUCAACGGUGACCCGACGGAGUCUGAUGAAAUGCGUCCGCGGUGGUUCGACUGGGAGUCCAUCCCCUUCGACCAGAUGUGGGCGGACGACCACCUCUGGUUUCCCCUCAUGCUGCAGAAGAAGAAAUUUUUGGGCUACUUCAAGUUCCAGGGGCACGACGUGAUCCUUCACCACCAGCUGGAUGAGGUGGAUGAGAUCUGAGAAGCACUGUAUAACAACUUUCAGAAGAACCUGUCCCCUGCUCACACUGAAACCGACGCCUGCGUUUGUUUCCAAUCCGAUAACGCGGCCACACCCUGCCUCGCUUAGCGGCGUUCUGAAGUUCGACCCGUGGGAGAACUGCUAGUUCUGCAGAGCAGAGUUAGCAGCUCUACGGAUACCGUUAGCAGGUGUACGGUAUCCGUAGAGCUGUCCCAUAAUUGUAAGCCAAAACUGUUAGCCUACAUUAUUGGAACUCCACCCUCCAGAAAUUUGAAAGGGUGUAAAUUAACACCCUUGUGCUCUCUGGCCAGGCCACCUGUUUCAAGUCCGCAGUUCGGUGGUCUGCAGAUGGGCUGCUAUCGUGGGUAGUCCACAGGUGCCCAACUGGUCCCUAUUGCGCCAUAACGAGGGUUAACCUUGCCAGCUGAAGCCAUCCAUUCCUCUUCAGCAUUGUGGCCAGUCAUGCCCCUUUCAUUAAAAAAAGCAUUUAAACUAAUGAAAGCCGAUGAAAAACACAGUAAAGCAGUACUGUAAAAUUUUAACCCUGUGAUUUUUGGAAUGUUUUGUUUUUUCAAAAUUCUAAGUCAGCGUUCUAGAACUCUGUUGCUUUCUAUUACCAGUGGUGAUUGCUACACCAGCAUUAGAAUGUUCAGUUAAGAACAUCCUAAUUACACAUUUGUGAUCUUACACCUUGCAGGGGUAAAUAUGGACCACUUAAUUUUUGAUGAAAAUCUGUGAACUUUUGGUUCUGUCCCUUGCGAUAUACAAAUUUGAACUCAAACUGGGACCAGAGCUUGGCGGUGAAGUGAGCUGAGAAAAAACAGAUUAGGAUAAUCGGUUCGCUGAAGUGGCUCAUUUUGAUUUAUGAAUUAAGCGUAAGUAACUUUAGUCAAAUUUUCCUAUUCAGAGAGCACUUCAGUUUAGCAGAAUUUUCAACACUCAUUUCUGGAUCAUUUUUCAGGCCUGCCCAAGUGUGAGAGAAUUGGUGAUUAUGAUUGAGAAUCUCUCUUUGCCAGCUAGCCAAUGUGCUGUCACGACCGCACUUUGAAACAAUUAUGAAUAUUUCAGCGACUCAUCCAAAUGUUUGAAUUUGGCCGAAAUCAAAUAUGCACUGAGAAUACACUUUUCAUUCAUCAGUGGGAUAAGUCUCUAAGAAAGCCUUGCAGUUUCAGCCCUGUAGCACAUAGUUGCUACCUCUUAUGAAUGGGAUUGUAAUAUUAUUGUAACUUGGCUCAGGGAUUACAUUGAGCCAUCUUGCAAACUUUGAGAACCACUACUAAAGACAACCAGGUACUUUUGUUGCAACAUUAGACACCUUGGUUGGAAAACAGGAUUGUGCUUGUUUUAAAAGGUGUUCACUGUUUUUCAGGGUGAAUUGUGAUUUGAAAUGCCUUUCAGUACAAGCGGGGUUGGGUCAGUUAGCCAAGACCUUUCUUCUAGCCUAUUGAUUGAAUUUACCCACAGUGACGACCUUGGUCCUUCGCUUCACUGUUGCAAUUUCUUUUCUUUGUUUGAAAGAAAGCCUUUAACAGGUAAUGUUCUUGUAUUUGUAUUUCUUGUAUCAGCUUUAAAAUGGCUGGCCCAUCUCAUAUACUGUACAGAAAUUGAUGUCUGAAAAGAAUUAAACAAAUUUGAGCAUUGUCCAGAA